AUGAACCUCAGCCAAGAAGACGAGCAAUCAAUCCGAGAUGAUCUAACUUUCCUUCGAUCAGGGUGGAGAACAAACCUAAAACCCAAAUCGCCAUUUGAACAAUACAAAUCUGCUCAAGAAGAGAUCCAAAGACACUUCAUCAAGUAUCUUACCAGGUGUUCAACUUUAAUCGCUGACCAACACCUGGAGAAACGGAAUAUUCAAACUCGAGUGCAAAGAUUGAAUGAUAUCGACCAAGACUUGAAAAGAUAUUUAGCAAUCAACCAUGAUAUCACCGAUAGCGAUACAGAUACGUACGAAGAGACACUCAAAAUAGCUUGUUCGAGCAUAUCUAAACCAUCCAUGUGGAUGAUUAUGGGUAAUUCCCCAUUGGGAUAUUCAAGGGCAAUAACUGAAUAUACUAAAGAAGUCAAACUCUUACCUGAAUUCGGUACUAAAUGGGACAUGACUAUCUUACCUUCAACAAACGCCGAUUUGAAUAAGAAGGCAUGUGAUGAACUUGGACGAUAUAGGGAGAAAGCAAGAUCGUACAUAGAAUUGAAAAUGCUUCGAAUGGAUUUUGCGACCACUCAUGAUGAGAUGGAAGAUAGUAUGAAACCUGACCAUGAUUUUUUCGAUUGUGAUUCGAACCCUCAAUUGAAAGAUGAGCGUAUGGAGAGUUACGUACAAAAUCAAUAUGAUACAAUCAAAGAGAGGGAAACUGAUCUCCAAGAUAUCGUACAGCAUGUCAAACGACGAUGCAAGAAAUAUGACGAUGAUGAUUUAUUCGAAGUUCAUGCGAUGUCCGGAAUAGAAUAUUCCAAAUAUGAUCCCGACUCAGCUAGAGAAUUGGGUUAUCUGAAUUACCAUGAGCUUCCUCGAGUGUUGAGAGAUGAGUUUGAGCAAGUGAGUGAUGAGUUGGAACAUAGAAGGAAGAAUCCAAACUAUCAACAAAGUCUCAGUGACUUUCAGAAAAGUGAGAUCAAACGGUUUUUAGAAGAGGAGUCGGAACGUUUGGAUCCUUCCGCUUGGAAAGGUGGAUCACCAGCUUAG